CUGCCAGUCGGUGUCCUCGCCGCCGCCAUGGAGCAGCAGCGCGCCGGCGCACGCCUGCGGAUGAUUCUGGGGCACCUCGGCGGCUCCUCGGCCCGGGCCGUGGUAGCUCAUCCCACUUCAGGGCCUAUUGCCCCUGCCAGUUUCCACCCUCGGCAAUUCCAAUAUACUUUGGAUAAUAAUGUGUUAAGCCUGGAACAGAGAAAAUUUUAUGAAGAAAAUGGAUUUCUUGUUAUUAAAAAUCUAGUGUCUGACGCUGAUAUUCAACGCUUUAGGGUUGAAUUUGAAAAGAUUUGCAGAGGAGAGUCAAAACCAGAAGGACUAAUGGUAAUGAGAGAUGUGACCCUUGUGAAAUCAGAAUACAUUCCAAGUGAGAAAACAAUCUCAAAGGUGCAAGAUUUCCAGGAAGACGAGGAGCUCUUUAGAUUCUGCACUCUGCCCGAGGUUCUGAAGUAUGUGGAGUGCUUCACUGGACCCAAUAUUAUGGCCAUGCACACAAUGCUGAUAAACAAACCUCCAGAUACUGGUAAGAAGACUUCCAGGCACCCCCUGCACCAGGAUCUGCACUAUUUCCCCUUCAGGCCCAGCAAUCUCAUUGUUUGUGCUUGGACCGCCAUGGAACACAUUGACCGGAACAACGGCUGUCUGGUUGUGCUCCCAGGCACCCACAAAAGUCCCCUGAAGCCACAUGACUACCCCCAGUGGGAGGGUGGAGUUAACUCCAUGUUCCAUGGGAUCCAGGACUAUGACCAAGACCAUGCCCGAGUGCACCUCGUGAUGGAGAAGGGAGACACUGUUUUCUUUCACCCUUUGCUCAUCCAUGGAUCUGGUCGGAACCACACUCAAGGAUUCCGGAAGGCAAUUUCCUGCCAUUUCGCCAGUGCCGAUUGCCACUACAUCGAUGUGAAGGGCACCAGUCAAGAAAACAUUGAGAAAGAAAUUGUCGGAAUAGCAGAUAAAAUCUACAGAACUCAUAGUGGCUUGGACUUGAAGGAUAUUUGGAUGUUUCGAGCCCGACUUGUGAAAGGAGAAAGAACCAACCUUUGAAACAACCCUUAAUUAUAACUCUAUUUAAAGGAAAUCAAAA